AUGGAUUACGAUGUUUGCGCUAGCAAAUUGCUGAGAUCAGCUGUAAAACGCGAUGCAGAAGGGUAUCUUGCGUACGAGGAAAUCGCGGAUGUUGCGGCCCACCGGAAAGCGGAAGAUGCACAGGUCGAGCAGGAUGAUGGCGACGAUGAUGGCAACGAUGACGGCGGCGAUGGUUUCGGGGCUUGA